AUGAGAGGCGUCCACUCGGAGGAGCUCAAGAUGCUUGACGAAGACCCGGCAUCUAUCAAGACCUUGGCACAAAUAGCGCAACCUUUUCGUGCUGCCCAGUGGAGUGCCGUCUCUCCUUGGGCAUUUCGCAAGUCGACGGGAGCUCCAUGGUCGAGCAGUGCUGUGAGCACGGAGUGGGAGCAAGACUGUACCGCUCUAUGUGUGAACCGUUUGCUGUCUCCCAAGCUCAACAUCUCGCACACGGCAGACUUGAUAGUUUCUGACGCGAUUGCAGAGUAG